AUCAUCAUGAUUCUCCUCAUAAUGAUCGUUAUUGGUUUAAGUAGAAGAGCUGCAGUUAUUAGGAACAAUUCUCACCUUGCCGAAUUUCUGACGACGACUAUGGAUAAAUUUCUCGAUGACAUGGCAAAGGAGAAGCCUAUCAGGUUCACUUCUCAGCAGCUAAGGACUGCAACUGAUAAUUUCACCAAUCUGUUGGGUUCGGGGGGCUUUGGAGCAGUAUACAAGGGAGUUUUCAAUAACGAAACCACUGUUGCUGUUAAGGUUUUAAAUGGGACCUCCGAUAAAAGAAUCGAACAGCAAUUCAUGGCGGAAGUCGGUACAAUCGGUAGAGUUCAUCACUUUAAUCUCGUUCGACUCUAUGGCUUCUGCUUCGAUAGAAACCUGAGGGCCCUGGUUUACGAGUACAUGAUGAACGGCUCGCUCGACAAGUUUUUAUUCGGCGAAAAAAAGAUGUUAUUAGGAUUCGAAAAGCUUCAUGAAAUCGCAAUAGGCACGGCGAAAGGGAUUGCUUAUUUGCAUGAGGAAUGCCAACACCGAAUUAUUCACUAUGACAUAAAGCCCGGAAACAUUCUCCUAGAUGCAAACUUCUCUCCCAAGGUAUCUGAUUUCGGUUUGGCCAAGCUCUGCAAUAGGGAAAAUACUCACAUAACCAUGACAGGCGGUCGGGGUACACCGGGGUAUGCUGCGCCCGAACUUUGGAUGCCUUAUCCCGUAACCCAUAAGUGCGACGUUUAUAGCUUCGGAAUGCUACUGUUCGAAAUCAUUGGUAGGAGAAGGAACCUCGACACCGAACGUCCAGAGAGCCAAGAAUGGUUCCCAAGAUGGGUGUGGAGCAAUAUCGAGAAUGGAGGUCUCGGACAGUUAAUGGAAGUAUGCGAUAUUGACGAAAAAAAUCGAGAGAUGACGGAGAGAACAAUCAAGAUAGCUUUAUGGUGUGUCCAGUAUAGACCGGAGCUGAGGCCAUCGAUGAGCAUGGUGGUUAAAAUGUUAGAAGGAGCAGUAGAAAUCACUGCACCUUCAAAUCCAUUUGGACAUUUACUGGUGGAGACUCAGAUUCCCAGCAAUUCUGUUUCUGCAAAUACAACAUGGACUGAUGAGCCAGCUGAUUCCAAAUCCACCAUGAAAAAUGAUGAGAUUGAAGCCGCAUUCACUUGUGCUUAGUACAUUGUUUAUGUACCACAUACUUGCUGCACAUUCUUUUCCCAUAGAUAUUGAAGGAACGCUAAGUUGGUAAUUUUU